AUGUCUACCUCUUGGCUUGAAUCUAUCAAGGGCCAGUCCUUUGAGAAUGUCACUGUCGAUGCCAGCGGCAACAUCAACACAGAGGAGUUCAUCCGAGCUGCCAAAUCCCUGGUCACCCUGUUUGAGCGCAUUGGCGGCAUUGCAUUGAACAGUGUCAAGGAUGACAUGACCAACAACAUCGCCAACGACAAGUCCAAGAAGGCCGCCCAAGGUCUUUUCUGGCUCAAGCUUGCUCUUGACCUCACCGCCACCGCCAUCCGCCGCAACCUCGAUGACCCCACCGAGGAGCUCAACACAUCCUUCACAUCUGCCUACAAUGACGUCCUUAAACCCCACCACAACUUCCUCGCCAAGAAGGCAUUUGGCUUCGCCAUGAACUCCGUACCAUACCGCAAGGACUUCUAUGCCAAGAUCGGUGUCACUCCCUACGAGCUCAGUGCCGAGCAAGAGCAGUUCAGCGCGGAGCAGCUCAAGGGUGUCAAGGACCAGCUUAACAGUCCCUUGGCUCCCGAGAUUGCAGCUCUGAAGAGUGUUGUGACCAUUCUGAACAGCUUUGACGACCUCACCAAAUGCAAAUGA